AUGAUCUUCGAGGUUUUCCCCCUGUGGGCCGGCUUUCGCUCCUGUUCAAGUCGUCGACCAUCCGCUUCGCUGAUGCUGUUUUCCGCUCUUCAGUUCUCUCAAGGUGUUGUACUUGUAGCUGAAGACGAUGAAGGGCGACGGCUCCCCCCUUCCCGAUACGCCAUUGACGAUCGAGCCGCAACCUAUGCGGUCUCUGGAUACGACGAGAUGGUGCUGCAAAACGAGAAAGAGACAGAGUGGCGGUGGCCCCUCCUAGCGAAAAUAUUUUCGUGGCUGUCGUCGCUCACAAGAACGCAGUCCUACGGUGGUGAGCUCGCUGGUUGGAUGUCUGUCUAUCAUUCGCAACAUUUGCACGGUUCACGGAGGCCAAUGGUCGCAACAUCAAUGGCUACUACAACAUUGACGGGCUGGUGGCUUGUCGUCUCGUGUCUUUUAUGUGUGGUGUAUCGAUAUUCGCUGAACGGUCUACGUCGCAAGAUGGAAUGA